GGCUCUUCCGCCAAGUUCCUGCGGAAAGGCUCGCGAAGGGGUCCGUAGUGCAGCGCUGCGGCCAAGGCGCGGUUCAAGGUGGAGGGGCUGUGCCCCUGCAGCCUCGCCAGUGCAGGAUUACAGCUGCGGAUCCUGCAGAAAGAGGCAGCGCCUGCACCCGCACUUCUCAACCUCCGCCCUCCUGCUCUGCAGGGCAUGGAGAGCUUCACCGCACCCGGUUUAGGCAGCAGGUGUGAUGGCUGUGAUUCUCUUUACUGCUCCGCGGUGCCUGGACCACAGGACGUUUUCCUGAAGCUCUAUGUCUACCCAGCUUCCUAGCCAGCUGAUCAGAAGCCUUCUUUCUGACUGAGUGAGGCAGGAGGCAGGCAGCCAUUUCUCGUGGUCAAGAAGCUGGUACGCCAAACGAUUUGGCCACCUAGUCACCCUCAGAGAAGGAGCAGAGGCACCACCUGGGCAACGUGUCAGGGUAUCCACGGACACCUAGAAAACACCUCCUCGCAGCCGAAAUGUCGUCAUUUGGUGCCAACUGUCCGACUGGUAAAGAUCCUCGUGUGCCUGAGAAUCAGCGCGGCAACCUCCAGGGUGGCUGUGAGCCUGACAGCCCAGGGACAGAACUUGGAGCUGUUAGGCCCAAGACAAGGAGCCAGGGAGAUGUGGGCCCACCCUCAGAAGGCGCCACCAGGUCCGGCAGGAACCAGAGGGAAAGUAGUUGGGCUGAGCAGCCCAGCGGAGAUCUAGCUACAAGAUGUUCAGGCGACAUUGGAGGCAGGGUUCUCCGCUCACAUGCCACUGCAUCUGGUCAUCGUAGCAGUGCCUCGGAGGUUAGCCCUGAAGUUUGCCCUCCACCGGAUUCUGUUGUUGACAGCACUACUCUGGGGAACCUUCCUGAUCCUAUGAGCACCCCUGCAACACCACGCAGAGGCCGCAGUGUGUCCCGGUCCAGCCGCAGCCAGACCGCAACACCACGCAGAGGCCGCAGUGUGUCCAGGCCCAGCCGCAGCCAGACACAAGGAAACCCUUCCACCUCUGGGACUGAAUUUCUGAAGAGAGCCCUAACAUCAACCUCGAGCUCUCCUCCAAGGCGCCCAGUCCGUAUGCGGGCCUCUUCCCCUUCCCCUCCUGGUAGGCUGUAUCCUAUCUAUAGUCAGGAUAAUGAAUGUUCCUCCUCCUCAUCUUCUGACUCAUCCAGUGAUGUAAGUGGCCCCUCUUCUCCAUACAAGUAGGUCAGUUGACCAAAACUCCUGUUCCUGUCCAUUUAGUACCAUGAGCUCUACCUCUGCGCCUAGCUGCAGUACCGUUUGGUGUGCCUUGAUUCCUAACCUGGAUAACCUGGAUUCUUCCACUUUUGGAGAGUUACAGGAAAAAGCAAAGGAUCCCCUUCACUCUCCAUGUGAGGAAGUAGGGUAUGCCCCUCACUCCCCUACUCCAUCGGUGCUGUGACUCUUUGUGAAUGUCCUCCCAGACUCACAAAAGGAAUCAGCAUCUGUCCUCGGUUUUUCUGUGUGUGAGGUUUCUAGGAUUUCUCCCUAUUCACCAUUAUCCGGAGCAGUUUUGAAGUCCCCUGGCCCCAGCUAUCCAGCACUUAAGACUUUUGAUUCCAUUCCAUGCUUCCUUAGCCUGGUUUUUGUU